AUUUUCUUAUUUUCUUCUAUGUUCUUGAAUCUCUAAAUCGAGUAUAGAUCUUCAAACAGGUUUGUAUAACAUUAGAUCAAGUCAAUUAAAAUUAACGGAGAUGAAAAUCAGUGCAUAUAUGUAUCAGGAGAUUCUUAAAAAGAUGUUUUCUACUUUCCCUAAAUCGCAAAAAUAACUUCUCAAAUAUACGAAGAAUUUGUUAGAUGCAUCAACUUAAGGUCUCUCCAUAAAACAAGUAAUGUCAUUUCCUGCUACCACCUUUUUUUUAACUGCCGCCUAUAUCGUAUUUCUGAUUUCAUCUUCAGAAAGGCAUGAAUUUCUAACAAUCACAUAUCCUGUAGAAGGUGUUGUAUUUAAAGCUGGUGAUCAACUCGUAUUAUCUUGGGAUAAUUUAUUUGAUGAAAAUAUAAUUUUAGAAAUUGUUUUAAUUUAUGAUGAUUCUCUAAAUAAGGAGAAGAAGAAUAUGGGUAACUCUAAACGCGAAAAAGUCGUUGCCAAUAACGUCAACGCUAAUAAGUUACACUAUAUGUGGGAUAUUCCUUUGGAUACCAUUAUUAUUGUAUUAGACAUUAUUGAAUUUCGUUCAUCACUCACUCAAACUCUUCGUUCAAAGUAUUUUACUAUUGAAGGUGUCAGUGAUAUGUGAAAAACUAACAAUGGG